UUGUCAACCCAAACUUCGCAGUCAGAUUCAAUCUCUCCGUCUUACUCCGUACAGGCUUCUCAGGGACCAGGACACCACCAGGCGUGAUGCAGCGGGCUUUGUUCAGCCGGAGCGCGCUGCUCGCCCAGCAGACCGCGAAGAACGCGCUGCUGCUGCAGCGACUGGAUCGAUCCAUGUCCUCCGUCACCAUCCCGCCUCCGGCAUGCAUGCUCCGGCCACUGGAAGUGCCACUACGUUACCUAUUUGGACCGGGGCCGUCAAACGUUCCCCCACGUAUUUUAGCUGUAGGGGCCAAGCCGAUAAUUGGUCACAUGCAUCAAGAAAUGUUUGAGAUCAUGAAUGACAUCAAACGAGGUAUCCAGUACGCCUUUCAGACAGAGAACAACAUGACCAUAUCUAUGAGCGGCUCUGGACACGCGGCCAUGGAGUGUGCCGUGUUCAACGUAGUGGAGCCCGGAGAGAGCGUGCUCGUUGCCAUCAACGGUAUCUGGGGAGAGCGCGUUGCAGAAAUUGCAGAAAGAAUGGGUGCCAAUGUACAUAGGAUGGUAAAAACACCUGGAGGAUAUUUCAGCAAUAAAGAAAUUGAACAGGCCGUAGCGAAACACAAGCCUGUCCUGUUUUUCCUCACACAUGGAGAGUCCUCUGCUGGCCUCUGUCACCCAGUGGAUGGCAUUGGAGACAUCUGCAGGAAACAUAACUGCCUCUUCCUGGUUGACACAGUUGCAUCUCUUGGUGCAGCACCAAUUUUUAUGGACAAGCAAAAUAUUGACAUCCUGUACACUGGUUCUCAGAAGGCUCUGAAUGCACCUCCUGGCACAGCACCCAUUUCCUUUAAUGACAGAGCAUGCCACAAGAUGUUUAACAGGAAAACAAAACCAGUAUCCUAUCUCCUUGACAUGACACAUUUGUCCAACUACUGGGGUUGUGAUGGCAAACCAGCCAGAGCAUACCACCACACCGGUCCAGUGUCUGGAUUCUUCGCCCUGAGAGAGAGUCUGUCUAUUCUUGCUGAGAAGGGGCUGGAGGAGUCCUGGAAGAAACACAAGGAGGUGGCAGGCUACCUGUACAGAGGACUGGAGGACUUGGGUGUCAAGCUCUUCAUCCCUGAACGGGAAUUGAGGCUUCCCUCUGUCACCACCAUUGCCAUCCCUGAUGGCUACGACUGGAGGGAGCUGCUGGCCUACAUCAUGAAACACCACCACAUGGAGAUGACUGGAGGCCUGGGCCCAUCCAUCGGCAUGGUGAUGAGGAUCGGAUUGAUGGGAUACAACUGCGAGAAGACGAAUGCUGACAUGGCACUGAACGCCUUGGCAGACGCUCUCAAGAACUGCAAAAAGAGCAAGGCUUAAGAGACCAGUGCAUACAUUUAGGAAAUUUUCUGCGCUUUUGACUGCAGUAAUUUUAUAAAAACACGAGGCCAUGUGUCUCUCUUGUAUAAGAAAGCUAGUUUUGAAAUAAAGGAGCAGAUAUUGUCAUUUGAUAUAAGCUGUGUACACUGAAAGGUGUCAAUAAAGUGUGCUGUAAUUUAUCAAACA